CCCAGGGAGUUGGAGUUGAAGGGCCCUGGGGUCUGCGCCUCUGACUGCUCCGAGCUACUUCCCCAUUGGCUCCGAGCAGCUUGUGCUCAGCAAAGGCUGAGCAACAGGGGGAGGCUCUCGUCCAUAAAAGGGGGGGUGAGGCACCAGAACUGCCAUUCUAAGGGGCUUUGGUGGUGCUCACAGCCGCCUCUUUGGCACCUCCUUCCAAACCAGAGUCAGAGUGGCCCUUGGAUCUUGGACCAGCCACUUGCUACCACCCUCUGAUCUGCUCAGGCAGAAGCUGACCAGGGACAAAGAAGAGUACAGGUCAUUUACCUCCAGGCUUUGAGAUCUGCGCGGGGAGCUGUUGGUGGGGAGCUGUUGCUGCAGCCCAAGCAGGAAGAGCCAAGAAGAAUGGUGUGGCAGGGGCUGGUGCUGGCUGCUUGCCUCCUCAUGCUCUCCUCUGCCACAGCGGACUGCCCAUCACACUGCUCCUUGUGUGCUGGGAAGACCCAGGAUGGGCUCAAACCCAUCAACCCCUUGAUUUGCUCCCUGGAAUGCCAGGCUGCCCUGCUGCCUGCUGAGGAGUGGGAGAGGUGCCAGGGCCUUCUGUCUUUUUUCACCUCCUUCCCCCUUGCGCUCAAUGGCAAGGAAGACUUGGAGAGCAAGAUAGCUCUGGAAGAACCCAAUAGUGAGCUGGCCACGCGCACAAGGCCCUUCCUGAAAGAGCUGGAGAAAAACAGAUUCCUCCUCAGCACUCCAACAGAGGAGAAAUCUCUGAGCAGGAGCCUCGCAGAGAAGCUCAGAGGUCUUUCUGGCAGGUUGGGGGAGGGAGUGGAGUCAGAGCUGGUGGGGGACACUCAGCUGAAUGAUGGCGCCAUAGAAGCUGGAACACUGGAUUCUGCUGAGGGGAACCCGAAGGAGCAGGUCAAACGCUAUGGGGGCUUCUUGCGCAAAUACCCCAAGAGGAGCUCAGAGGUGGCUGGGGCUGGGGACGGGGAUGCGGAUAGAGUGGGCCACGAGGACCUGUAUAAACGCUAUGGAGGUUUCUUGAGGCGCAUCCGUCCCAAACUCAAGUGGGACAACCAGAAGCGCUAUGGUGGUUUUCUCCGGCGGCAGUUCAAGGUGGUAACUCGGUCUCAGGAAGACCCUAUUGCCUACUCUAGAGAGCUUUUUGAUGCUUAAACACCCCCCUCCGCCUUAUGGACGUGAGUCAGGAAUUUCUCCUGACCCCCUUCCAGACUGGAGUGCACUCAUUUUUCCUCCCUACAUUGCCUGUCCCCAUGCUCAGUUCAGCCUUGCCUACAAAACCUCCAAACCCAGCCUGUCUCUCUUCUGCCUGGAGUGCAGUAUCUGUCUGGGGUCACUGCAGGGGAAAGAUGGAGGUGCCUCUUUCCAAUAGGCUUAGUGCUUGGCUCAGACCCUAGAUCUCUAAACUACCACCAGGAGCAGCUUUUGAUACCAAUCCUUCCACCCCAUUCAUGUGACUCCCCAAUUCCAUUAAUCUAGGCUGACUUGUUCUUCGUCCCUCUAGACCUAUUGUCUCCAAGCUUUUCUGAUCACAUGCCCUUCUCGGAAGAAAAAUGAGCAUACCCAUAUGCAGAUAUAUUCAUUUAGAUAGUAUAUACAUGUAUCAUAAAACAUACAGAAGGUUGAAAUGAAAAACAAGACAAAUAGACAAAUAGAAAUCCUAACCUUUUAUUCCUAAACCUCCAAGUAUCUCCUUGGGAACCCCACGUUGGAGACUACGCUUUAGGUAAAAUGCUCAGACACUGCCUUUUAUUGGAGCAGGAAUUUUGACACUAGAAAGUUCAGUCUUCCAGUGGGUUACACGUUCAGUCAAUGUACUCUUUUGAGUUCUCAUUGUUUAGAAACACACAUCUCCUAGAACUGGGUUCCUGAAUUCCGGUCCAUCUCAGUACCCUGGACAGCGCCCAGCUCCUCACAGGAGAGGAGUCUGCCUGGACAACCCCUCUUUCCCAAAUGGUUAAAGAGAGCAGUUCUCCCUUUGAAUGCUAAAACGAUCGAGGAGGGAGUGAGGCAAACCAAUCUGUUCUGUGCAACAAAUUCAAAAUGUGGACCAGUUCCCUGAGCCCUCAUUAAACUAAUUAACGUGAUCAGUAUCACACUCCUACCCCAGGAUGAACUGAAGCUGAGUCAAGUUGCUGAGGUUAAGCACAGCCAUGUUCUUGAGCAGCUGAAGCGGCUGCCAGGAGUCCGAGCCAUCUGGCCAAGCAUAUGCAAGUGGGCAUUGAGUAAGGGAAUCCAGAGUAACCAUGAGAAAAAGGCCCUCCUCAAACCCCCGUGAUGAUUCUUUCCUCUUAAUGCCUCACAAUGAAACCCCAAAGAGAGCUGCAAUGAUUGAGUGCUUGAUGCCAAAUCAGUUCCCUUGAUUCAAAUAACCCAGAAUCAGAGGCGGAGAUCUCCUGAUGCCUUGGUUUCAAUCACAGUUCCCUCUGUCUCUAUCUCUCUGUCUCUUUUGCUUAUUUGUCCUCAAGCUCUAUAGUUAGGUUUGUGGGUCCAGGAGGCUGAGCUGGGUAGGAGAAGAAAUGGACUUGAAUUUGGUUAUGUUGUAUAA